UUUCAUUUAGAAAUUAAAUUUAAGGGAUAAAAUGUGUGAGGGUGCUGGACCGAGUAAAAAGAGGAAAACGUACUACUUCCAUACGGAAUGGGAAGAGGAAUAUUUUUUUACGAUGUCUUUUUCAAAGUGCGUUUGCCUCAUCUGCCUGUCCAACAUCGCUAUUCCGAAAAAGGGAAACGUGGAGCGGCAUUUUCGGACUGUGCAUAAAAACUAUAACAUUGACUUCCCUCCCAAAAGUGAUGUGAGAAGGAAAAAAUUAGCGGAAUUAAAAUCUCAAUUGUCCGGGCAGCAAUCAUUUUUCAUGCAGCCACCUUCGAAAGCAAAGGCAGCCACAGAAGCGUCAUUCCGGCCCCAAAAGAAGCUGAUCAACUCUGCAGAGGACUGCGUCGAUGAGGCUCUCUGCGGCCUGGUCAGGGCCUCCAGUGGCCUGUCUCUGCUGCGCGGCCACCGGGUUGUGCUGCGCUCAGACCUGGACCAAAUCAGAGGCAAAGUGGCCCUUUUGUCAGGAGGAGGAUCGGGACAUGAGCCUGCACACGGGGGUUACGUGGGUGCUGGUAUGCUGUCAGCAGCAGUAGCAGGGGCCGUGUUUGCAUCUCCGCCUCCCGCCAGCAUCUUGGCUGCCAUUCUUUGCCUGCACAGCGCAGGAGCCUCUGGGGUUCUUCUCAUCGUAAAGAACUACACGGGAGACCGCCUCAACUUCGGGUUGGCUGCGGAGCAGGCACGCAACCACGGCGUGGAUGUCGACAUGGUGGUCGUCGCUGACGACUGCGCUUUCACCUGCCCCAGUAAGGCCGGGAAGAGGGGCUUGUGUGGCACUAUUCUCAUUCACAAGCUGGCAGGUGCUUUAGCAGACGAAGGCUGCUCAUUGGUCCAUGUCGUUGCCAAGGUGACGGAGGUUUUGCAGGGCGUAGGUACACUGGGAGUCAGCCUGUCUCCGUGCAGCGUUCCAGGCUGUCGCCCGUCUUUUGAGCUUCCUCCAGGAGACAUGGAGCUCGGCCUGGGAAUCCACGGGGAGCCUGGGGUGAAAAGAUCCAAGGUGGCGACAGCAGACGAGGUGGUGUCAGCCAUGAUUGAUCACAUGACCAACGCAAAGAGUCAGUCGUGCUUGCACCUGAGGAAGGGUGACACGCUCGUCGUCUGCGUGAACAAUCUCGGAGCGCUGUCACGACUGGAAAUGGCCGUGGUGACUCGGGCUGCCAUCAUGUGCCUCGAAAAUCGUGGGAUGAAGGUUGCCAGGGUGAUGUCCGGAUCCUUCAUGACGUCACUGGAGAUGGCUGGAAUGUCACUGACUUUUCUGAGGGCCUGUCCGGAAAUACUGAGACUCUUUGAUGCCAAGACCAGCGCCCCCGCCUGGCCCAACCUCAGUAGCGGGUGUACGAGCGGCCGCAGCUACCUCACAGACCCGACCACGGUGCCUGCAGGGGCGCAUGACGACGUGUUGACUGAAGGACCCCAAAGUCCUGCGAUGCGCAAGGUUUUGGAGAAGGUGUGUUCUACACUGUUGGAAUACCAGGAAGAGCUCAACGCGUUGGACCGUGCUUCUGGGGACGGCGACUGCGGGAAUACUCACGCGCAGGCUGCCAAAGCCAUUCAGGUGUGGCUCCAGAGUCAUGUGGUCCCCGGUUGCCCAGGGCAACUGCUGUCUGCCCUAGCUACAGUGGUUCAGGAGAAAAUGGGCGGGUCUUCAGGGGCUCUGUACAGUUUGUUCCUCACGGCAGCGAGCGGACACAUGACCGGGGGGCGGAGCCACGCCGCAGCUUGGGCCAAUGCCGUGCAUGCUGGGAUGCAGGCCAUGAGAAGAUACGGCGGUGCUGAUUUAGGAGACAGAACCAUGUUAGACGCCCUCUACCCUGCCGUAGACGAGCUAAUGAAACUCAACAGCACGCCCCCUGGCGGAGAGAUGGCCGUGCUGCAAUCUGCUGUUCAGAGAGCAGCCGUGGGGGCCGAAUCGACUCGCAGCCUCGCAGCCAAGGCGGGCCGCGCCAGCUACAUCGCAGCUGAGCGCCUCACCCUCCCUGACCCCGGGGCCAAGGCUGUCGCCGCCAUUUUGAGCGCUGUGGUGCAGGCCCUCGAGGAGCAGUAGUGGUAGAAACGCACCAUCACAGCUGUACUCUGCGGGAUCACAACUAGAACCUUGUACAAUUAACGUUAUUUCGCAAGAAAUAAAGUCUAGAAUAGAU